CAUUCGUUUCGCAUUGGCAACGUGGAAUACAUGACCUGACCAAAAAAUCAAAAGAAGAAAGAGCCACCGUAACAGCAGUGUUAGUUUGUUACUCGCGACGCUGCAACCACCACAAAACCUCCCCCAAUCGCCAUGGGAGAACCAAAUCGGAUCUCCGUUCACCACGCUCUCGGCGCUGGCUCAGUUGCCGAUGUGCUGCUCUGGAAGAACUGGCGUGGAGGAGUUACGGUGCUGGUUUCGGCGACGGCAUUGUGGUACCUGUUUGAGCGAGCCGGUUACAAUUUCUUGUCAUUCGUUGCCAAUGUUGUAUUGCUUCUCGUCGUGAUUCUCUUCCUAUGGGCCAAAGCUGCUAACCUUCUCAACAGACCACUUCCUCCUCUUCCUGAUCUGGAGAUCUCAGAGGAAACUAUAGCCAGGGUUGCUGAUUCACUACAAAUUUGGUUAAAUCGGGUUUUGUCUCUCGCACAUGACAUUGCGAUUAAGAGGAAUUUGCUGCUUUGCCUUCAGGUACCGGGCGAUAUUUUAUCUUCUCAUUUUUGUGUUAUACCGAGUUCGAUGAGUUUAAGCGUCAGUACUCGGUACAAAUACAGACUUGUUUUUAUGUUGAUAGUUCUUUAUGUGAAUCAGGUUGUUGGUGCAUUGUGGGUAAUAUCUUAUAUUGGUAGUCUGUUCAACUUCUUGACCUUGAUCUAUAUAGGUGUUCUUCUUAGCUUGUCUCUUCCUGUGUUGUAUGACAAGUACCAGGACCAAAUUAAUGAUAAGCUGUAUCUGGUGCAUGGGAUUUAUCUGACACAAUAUAAAACGAUUCACAGGGUUGUUUUAAGCAAGAUCCCAAAAUUCACAAACAAAGAAAAGAAGGUGCAGUAGGGUGCAAAUGGAUAAAUGAAAGUCUAUUAGGAGCUUACACGGGGUGCUUAACAUUUGGAGUACUUGAAGUUUUUCUUUUGCUUCGAAGCUAUUGCUGUUUAAACUUCUAAUUGAUGGUUAAUGGUAUGGUAGUUCUUCAGAAACAGGAUUGACCAAUAGCUUUGACGUAGGUGAUUAUUCUCUUCUCAUUUUCUCUGCACUCGGGGAGAUGAUGCUUUAUGUGAACUUUUGUCAAUGGGUAUGUUACCUUAUUAAGCUUCAAUUUGGACCGGAUUACAGAGGAGGCAAAAAAGAAUGGACAUGGAGAACUUGCAUAUCGGUUUUUUUUCUUUAGGAUGGUACAUGGCAUGGUUUUUGGCUUUUUGCUACAAAAUGAACUUGGUUGUGUUGGUUAUAUGAUGUAAUGCUGACUUGGUUACUACUAUAUGAUGAGGUCAUGGAUCUUAAAUUCUCACGUGUAAUAUUUUCGCCUUAUUGGCCAAUAUUGCACUCUUACUUUUCUACUGCCCCAAAA